AUGAUAUCAUUUUCUUUUACCUUUCUCCUGGCGUCUCUGAUUGUCGUAACGCAGGCGACGCCCUUGCGUCGACAAUCUCGGGAACAACAAGGAAUUCAAUGGCACCAAUGUCCCGACGACAAAGAUUCUCCGGUCCAAUGUGGCAAUCUGACCGUUCCGUUGGAUUACUCGGGUGAAAUCUCCAAUGUCACCGUCCCCUUGGAACUGUUCCGCGUGCCGGCCGCAAACAACCAGUCGAACGGGAGUGUGCUGUUGAACUUCGGCGGACCUGGCGCGAGUGGACGGCGUGAUUUGUUCGCGUAUCGGGAACUUCUGCAAGCUAUAACUGGUGGCAAUCAUGAUCUCAUUGCCGUCGUUCCACGAGGAACCGGAAACAACACCCUUCGCUUCUCAUGCUUCAAUAACCAGCUGGAAAGAACAAUUAGCAGUCUUGCCUACCGGACUCUUGUCGGAAACGCUUCGGACACAGCGAUCGGCGAACUAUGGGUCAACAGCAAACUCCAGGCCGACGCGUGCUAUGCGACGCAGAACCGGACCGGCAGCUUUGUCAGUACGGGAUCGACUGCGCGUGACUUCAUGAGCGUCGUGGAUGCCUUGGGUGAGGACGGCAUGUUGCGAUACUGGGGUAUCUCCUACGGAACGGUUCUGGGAUCGACCCUGGCGGCCAUGUAUCCGGAUCGGAUCGAUAAGAUGGUGCUUGAUGGCGUUGUCAACGUGCACGAAUAUUACCAGAACAAGGAAUCAGAGUUGUUCACCGACUCCGACAAGGUUUUGCGAGGUUUGUUCACCGGCUGCGUCGAUGCCUCGGAUAACUGUCCUCUCGGCCAGAAUACCACGGCCGACAAACUGGAGGAAGAUUUCUACGCCAUGCUGGACAAGGUCAAAUACGCACCCUACCCCGUGAUCUUGCCGGGACUUGGCCCACAGAUAAUCGACUACACCACGGUCAAGUCGCGAGUAUACAGCGAUCUCUACUCGCCGGCCCUCUGGCCCACUACUGCCUCGUUCAUCAACGGCCUGUUGAACGGUAACCAGACGGCCAUCGCCGAAUACCUGGCCACUGUCCUUACCCGACCAUCGGGCAUGGAAGUUGAGUCCCAAUUUGGCGUCAAAUGCAGCGACGCGUUUUCUUCCAGGUCUACCCCCGAAGAUACCGCCAGGACCAUCCAGCUACGACACGACGCAAGCCGCAUUGGUGGCGACACGGCGGACAUUGUGACGAUGAUCUGCGCGCACUGGAAGCUGGUCCCGAAGGAGCGAUACAACGGGGAUUUCCGAGUGAAGACGAAGACGCCAGUCCUGUUCAUCGGAAACACAUACGACCCGGUGACGCCGUUGGUGUCGGCCAGGAAUGUCAGUUCGACCUUUGAAGGAAGCGCGGUGCUGCAGCAUGAUGGAUAUGGGCAUGGGAGUUUGGAGCAGGGAUCCGUUUGCACCGUGAGGGCCACUCGGGCGUAUUUCCGUGACGGCACUCUUCCGGACGCCAACACCAAGUGCGAUGUCUCGGUGUCGCUCUACUCGGGAAAGACAGGAUGGGAGAAGGUGUUUGAGGAGUUUGGUCGGGGCGAGGAGUAA